UUUACCUUUAAAUAUAAUUAUGGCCGAUACAGAAAUGGCGGGUAAGAAGAAAAGUCACAUAGGAAAAGGGCGAGUGCUAGUUGAUAACGAAUUAUUCGAAAAACCUAUAUUUUAUUGCGAUUUUUACUGAAAAUGGUUCAUAAGACUUCGAACGAUGAUAAAAAUGUAAUUAAAAAUGUGGAAAAUGAAAGUGUACAUGUUAUUGAAAGGAAAUCUGUCAUAUACAAAGAUUUAUCUUCUACCUUGGUACAAGAGAUAAGUGAUUACUCGAAACAAUUUGCACAUAUUUAUGCUGCUAGACUUGCAGAACUUGGAGAAGUUUUGACAUCAAAAGUACAUGCAAAGUGGAAAAAUGUUCAACUCUUAAAAUUAGCAGAUUUAGAGGAUUUCGAGGGAGAAACUUGUAUUAUAAUUGGAACAUUAUACAAACAUCAGCAAUGGAAACCAUCAAUUUUACAAGAACUUAGCGAAGAACACCAAUUGUCAUUACCACCUACAAGAUCUGAUUAUUGUUCUGAAAAGGAUCAAGUAUUCUUAGAAGAUGAAAUGUUACGCAUUAAAUUAGUUGGUGAAUUAGUUGACCUUAAGGAUAUUGUCACUGGUAUAGUUUGUGCUGUAUUAGGAAGCGAAGAGGAGGAUGGUACAUUUCAUGUGAAAGAUUGGUGUUUCCCAGGUUACGUACCUAAAACUUUACCAACUUUAGAUUCAAAUUCAAAUGGAAAGAUCGUUCUAAUAUCUGGAUUAAAUUUUAUUCAAAAUUCGGAUGACAUAGCGAUAGAAUUAUUACGUGAAUGGAUCUGUGGUAUGGCUGGCAAUGUAAAAGCUCAGAAGGAGGAAGCUUCUGUCGUACGACUUAUCAUAGCAGGCAAUGCUAUUAGCAAUAAUGAUAAGAAACACACUCAUAAAAAUAUAUUAGAGUUAAAAGUAGAAGAGAGUAUGCAUGCAAAAGAAACUAUCAAUGCAACGCAAAAAUUAGAUGAUUUUCUUUCUGAUAUUGCAAAAUGUUGCUGCGUAACAUUAAUACCAGGCCAAUAUGAUCCUACUAAUAUGAUGUUGCCACAAAGACCGCUUCAUCCUUGUUUGUUACCUAAAUCAUCCAGACUUGGAAGUUUUCAAGGUGGUUCUAAUCCUUGGAUCAGUCAAAUUGAUGAACGUAUGAUAAUGGGAUCAAGUGGUCAGCCUUUUGAAGAUUUUAUGAAAGCUACUGGUUCUAAAGAUAUUUCUCCAAUAGAAUGGUUAGAAAAAUCUAUUAUUUGGAGACAUAUGUGCCCAACUGCACCAGAUACAUUACCAGCCUAUCCAUUUUAUAAGAAAGAUUUAUUUAUAAUGAAGCAUCGUCCUGACAUAUAUUUCACAGGGAAUGCCAAUAAAUACGAAACAAAAUUGUGGAAAGAUGAAAAAAAUCAAGCGAUCAGGCUAGUCUCUAUUCCACAAUUCUCGACAUCUCAUGCUGCUGUUUUAAUAGAUCUGAAAAGUCUUGAUACAGAACUGAUUCAUUUCGGAAUAGAAUGAAUAAGAUUUUUGUAUACAUUUCUCUUUUCGUUUAACACAUAUUAUUUACAAUUUGUGACAAAAAUUAUAUGUACAAUUAUUCA